UGUGGGCCAGGCCGCACCUCCCGCCCGCCUGCAGGUGUUGGUCGCCAGACCCUGACCAUGCCCGCCGACCUCAGCGGCACCUGGAACCUGCUGCACAGCGACAACUUCGAGGGCUACAUGCUGGCCCUAGGUAUUGACUUUGCGACUCGUAAGAUAGCCAAGAUGCUGAAGCCGCAGAAAGUGAUUGAGCAGGAUGGUGAGUCUUUCACUAUCCACACGUGCAGCAGUCUAAGGAACUACUCUGUUAAAUUUAAAGUUGGAGAAGAAUUUGAUGAAGAUAACAAAGGCCUGGAUAACAGAAAAUGCAAGAGUUUGGUGAUCUGGGAUAAUGACAGACUCACCUGUAUCCAGAAGGGGGAAAAGAAGGACAGGGGCUGGACCCACUGGAUCGAAGGGGACAAACUCCAUCUGGAGAUGUUCUGUGAAGGUCAAGUGUGCAAACAGACGUUCCAGAGAGCCUGAUCCAUACCCAGCAGCAGAGCCCACUGUGGCUGCAGCUUCAUGCUGAAUUACAUUGCAGGAUGAACAGAUGUUAACCUGCCCAGUUUGGGGAUGGGGGGCCUUGUGGGUGGAGAAAUGUCACACAGCGAGUAUCAGAAGUCAUCUGGAUUGUGGGCGAGGUGCUCAGUUCUCAUAAACCUGUCCAAA